AUGGACCUCUCUCCUGACGAGGAGAACUUUCAAGGGCGUUUGCUCCACCAGGCAGCUCUUUGGGACAACUUAGAGCUUCUGCAAGAGUUGCUGGCGAGUGGUGCUGCUGUAGAUGCUCGGGAUGGUUCACAGCGCAGCGCUUUACAUGCUGCAGCGCUAGCUGAACGAAGCGGCUGUCUGGCAGCGCUGUGUGCAUCUGGCGCUGAUCUCAACGCCUGCUCAGAUAACGCGACUGGUGGGAAGACGGCUCUCCACAUAGCAGCGGAGCGCGGCCACGUGGAGAAUGUGAAGACACUGCUAGCGGCGGGGGCCUCGCUGAAUGUUCUCGACAGCAGCGGGAACACGGCUCUGGCGUUAGCUGAACGAAACAGUCAUAGGCACGCAGCUCACGCCCUUCGGGAGGCUAGAGGUGAGUCCAUGUCUAUAUAA